UUGUCAAUGGAGGAUUGGGUGGUGGAAAACCUCUGCAAUGGCAACAGAGAAUCGCAGAUUGAAGCGGCGACUCAACUCAGUAAACUGAGUAGCAAACAAAGGCAUAGAUUGGCUGAAACCGGGAUCAUUCCACCCUUGAUUUCAAUGCUCCAAUCCCAGGAUUUUGAAGCCAUCGAAGCUUCUUUGUUAUCCCUUCUUGGCCUUGCAUUUGGCAGUGAAAGGUCUGUCUGUCUGUCACUCCGACUCCAUUUUUCUUUUGAAUUUUAUAAAGAAGAGAAAUCCUCGGACUUGACGGAAAAGGCGAUUUCAUUACUCAAGAGCAUCGUCUUUUCAUCGGAGGACGCGGUUUCUGAGACAACCACGAUUGCCGGUGCAAUACGGAUUAUAGUCGAGGCGAUGGAAGAUGGUUCACCGCAGUGCAAAGAACAUGCCGUUGGGAUCCUUCUUCAUAUAUGCCAAAGCUGUAGGGAUAAAUACAGAGGGUUGAUAUUAAUGGAGGGUGUAAUGCCUGGACUGCUUCAACUCAGUGUUGAUGGAACUUGGGGAGCCAAGAACAUGGCUAGGGAUCUGUUGUUUCUUCUCCGGGAUUGCACGGAUUAUGCUUCAACAAGUAAACAGUCGAGACACGAACUGAUGGAGCAGAUUAUGCAGGCAAUCGAUGCCGAUGGAGAGAAGGUUGAUGGAACUACACUGAGAUUGGUUCAAGAGAUGAUAAACAAGCUUAAUAUAUAAAUCUUUGUAGGCAUUAUUUAUUUUGUUUUAGGAUGCUUGCAGUUUAGCCUUUAGAAUUAUAGGAUUACU